GGGCGCGCAGAGAGGCCGCCGCCGCGUCUCCUGCCGGACUGGGGCUGUUGUUGCUGGAAGUGGCGUCACAGCGGAGGGACGCGCUGGAAGCGGAAGCAGCCGUUGGGCCGCGCGGCGGCGGGCGCCUGAGGCGGGUGGUUUGUAGUGGCUGAAUCCUACCCGUCAGCAAGACAAAUUACCUCACAGAAUUCUGUAUCUUGAGGGGAAGAGUGUACGAUAUCACAUCUAUCUCAUAAUCUGAAAGAAGAAUAGAAUUUGGAAUAAUGGCAACAGGAGACCUAAAAGGAAGUUUAAGAAAAAUAGAGCAAGGACUCCGCUUGUUAAAUUAUCCAAGAGAUGUAGAUUAUACAAUGUUAGUGAAGGGUGAUCCAACUUCAUUUUUACCUAUCAUCAGCUAUUCUUUUACAUCUUUCUCAACUCACAUAGCAGAACUUCUGGUAAAGUGUGAUGUGGAGCUUACAGCAAAGAGCGACUUGCGUUUUAUUGAAGCUAUUUAUAAGUUUCUUCGAGAUCAAUUUCAAUAUAAACCGGUUUUAACAAAACAGCAGUUUCUUCAGUUUGGCUUUGCAGAGCGAAAAAUACAGAUUGUUUGCGACAUUAUCAACUGUGUGGUGAAAAAGCAUAAGGAAUUAAGUAACUUGAAUAAGGUUAAAUCCCAAACAAGGAAGAAACUUAGACCUUUAAAGUGUGAAGUAUGGUCAAAUUGUGGUACUGUCCCUGCUGGUCCCAACGGCAGUGCUCUAAAUUCCAAACAGAUACCUCAAGUAGAACGGCACUCUGGAAGUGAAGUUAGCGAUGACCUUCAUCCAGCACCCCUUUGUUCAGCACCGCUUCAUCCACCACCCCUUCCAGACGAGGGAGGUGAUGAAGAAUUGUGCAUAGAUGAUGAUGUUGUGGAAGUUAAAUGUGAACAAGUCAUAGAAGAUAAUUCUCAGAUUGAGCUCCUAAGGAGCCAGCUUGCUGAUUGCCAGGAAAAGCUUCAUAAACUAGAUUGGAUUGAAGAUAGGCUACAUACUUUAGAAGAGAGACUGAAAGGAAAGAUUACUAUAGACGAGAAGGACUGGAAUAAUUUGUUGAGCCGAGUUUUGCUCCUUGAAACAGAAUUGCUGGUGCAGUCCAGAAAGAGAGACUUGUCAUCAAUGUUCAGCAGUGUAAGUCGAGAAUGUACUUCUAAUAUGAUUCCAGUUUCUCCUGAUACAGAAAGGAAGGAGGAGAUGCCAGAGAGUCUUCAUCAGUCGUCUGGAUACAGUUCACUAUUAUCCACAGACCCAUCUCCCAAAGCCAUGACCAUUAAUUCUCAUGGUCUGACAGACAUUUCAAAGGAGACAACAAGACAAAGAAUGGAAAGGAUAAGUAAAAUAAUAGAAGAAACCUCAGAAUUGUUGAAAACCUCAAGUAAUGCCUCUGAGAAGACUUGAAAGAACAGGUCUUCAGACCUGGUCUCUGUAGACUUAUGGAUAUCAAAACUAAUAUGUAUGUUUGUACAGCAUUAAAUUUUUAAUAUAUUGAAUUUGUAAUGAUCACUGGUGCUUAUACUCCUUUGAAUAAAUAUCUUCUAAU